AUGUGGAUAUUAAUCCACAUUAACAUUCUAUCUCUAAAUCAUAUAACGGUCUUUGUUCCCUAUCUACCAUAUUAUCUAAUUGGUUUAAUUUUCUUACAAACGGCUUUUGGUUUGAUUGAAUUAUCGCACCCAGAUAACUCCAUACCAGUGAACCGGUUUGUAACUCCGCUUCAUAUCGUACCUGAAUGGUACUUUUUAGCAUAUUAUGCGGUGUUAAAAGUAAUCCCAUCCAAAACCGGUGGUUUGUUAGUAUUUAUGUUCAACAUGUCAAUGAAAUAUCAAAACGAUGAAACUUAUUUGGUUAACAUAACAACAUAG